AUGAGUGGAAUGAAGCUGCGCGACAACAUUCGCGCACCAACCCGCUAUGGGGAAGGCGAAGGCCCAGAGAUCCCGACACCUCGCAGUGCCCUCCGAAUGAGGCUCGACGAGGGGGAUGAUGAUAACAUGGAACUAAGUGAUUUGGGCAGGCCGCGUCCGGUUAAGAAGCGCAGCUCGACAUCGAAGCCAUUCAACCCCAACUUGCCCCCUGCUGCGUUUCCUUCACUUGACAGGCCCCAGACCAACCCGCAACUUCGCCGGCUCAUCCUCAAUUUGCCUGUGGGCAAACGACAAAGUGGUUUCCGACUCCCUCCUGCUCCUACUUCUGAUCCUUCUUCGGCUGCUGCUGCCAUCGCCGACAUGCCUCGACAGAGACGGAGAGUGAAAUGGGCUCCCACCACGGUGGAUCAUGUUCCAUUGGAUAGUCUAGAGAAUCAUGUCGUCAGCAACAACGAGUCGAAUCCGGUUUAUGUGCGCAACAUGGCGAUGAUGGCCAAGGCUGCCUUGAGGGACCCGAUGGAUACCAGUGACGAGGAACAGGAUAUGUCGAUGAGCGACAAUGAAGACUUACCUGAUCCCACACAGCUGCUCCUCGACAAGAUUCCAAACCCCAAAUGGAGCGAGCUGAACAGCGCACUUCAGGUCGAAAUGGUGGACAGGGCAAUGAGGAACAUGACCUGGAGAACUGUCUGCACCAAGCUCAAGCUGGGGCCAAGAGAUCAUCAAAAACUUUCUGAUUACAUGGAUACCCGGAACAAACAAAUUGAACGAGAGAACAAGCGGAUGGAGGAGAUGCGGAACAAACAGCGCGCGGUAUUGAUGAACAUUGACAACAGUGAUACAAAGCUCUUUGCACCGCCGCCCCAGUUAGUAUUGCAGCGCAUUAUGCGACAGGUCACGCGCGAAUCGUUGUUGGAUGGGACGAAUUACACUGAUCUAAUGCUUUGCACAUCCGGAGAUGUUUUGGCAGCCAGACAAUACCUGCAUCAACAUGGAUUUCCUCGCAGCUGGGCUGGCGACUGGGGCGAUGGCAUGGUCGAGCUACACGAAUCAGCUGAUGACUGCCAGGACCCAGACGAGUUCCAUUGGAAAGACAAUCUAACAGUGACCGCGCCUUUCGAUGGGAGCAAGCACCUUGUUAGCCCAGCCGUGCAGGAUAGAACGGAAUUUAUCCAUGAUGUUGGCCUCAGUAGUAGCAGGCUCAUCGACCCCAGGGCGCUGAUCCGAAACAGCGCUGACGCGGAUCCUACCCAGGACUGGCGCAGAUACUUCGACCACUGGUAUCCAGACCCCCAAGACCUAACGGGAACGAGCCCAGAAUCGAGCCGGACAACCACUCGACACCAAGGCAUCGUCAACCUCAAGGUCGGCCGACAGAAAGCCGCACAGAUCCAACAAUACGAGAGAACAGGCACCAAGCCUUAUGGCUGGCCUGCAUAUGGACCAAGACCAUCGCCAAUCACCCAAUCCGCAGAAAUCGAGACUCCAACCAGAGUGUGUCACAAUCCGGUUGGUCCUCAGUUCAGUCCUCAGUCCAAUACCCCAGUCACCCGGCAACAAAACCUCCAAUACACUCCUCAGCCCCCGAUACCUUUCUCACGCAGAAUUCCUGUCAUCCAACCGAACAGCCCUUUCAGCAGAUCGGUCGGUGGAAACUGGCUAUCCAGAGAUGUCAAUUAUGCAGAGAGUCAAGCGCGAUUCGCUCAACGCCUCCAACAAGCCCACCUGAGCAUGACAGAAAGACAAGGACGAACCCAAACCCAGUACUACGACCUCCAACCCAGACCACACCCUUCAGGCGUCAGCACAGGAGGUAGCCCUUAUAGCCGAACACAGCCCUACGCAGCCGUGCAGAACAUCGUAAACACACAGAGGAUGACUGGUCGAGCAAUCCCGCAGACCAAUCAGUAUGACGCAUUCUUGCAUGAGCACCAGAGGUCCAGGGGCAUGGGCGACGGAGCCGGUGGCUCAAUGGAUGGGCUUGUUUACAGUGAUCUGAGCAUCAUGCUGGAGGAGUCGGAGGAUGAGCAUAUGGAACCGCCUAAGAAACGAGAGGAAGAACAGUCCAGUUCCACUGAUUUGAGCUUGGGCUUGGAUACUGAUGACUCUGCCAAUGAAAUGGUGAUGGUGCCCACGGACUCUUGUGCCUCUUCGCGCAGUAGGGGGUGA